GACCCUGCUCCCUUGUAAAUACCCACAUCCACUUCCCUGCUCCGUCGUUCCCAACUCCACCGCCUCGGCCGGCACGCCUCCUCCAAAGAAAAGCCGAUCCUUUCGAUGUUCUCUUCUCCCUUCUCCGUACGUCCACGAUUGGUGGUUACCGUUCAGAGAGCCGCCGUAAGCUUCGCGAGUCGGUUAACCGCUUCAGCCUUGCCGCCGGAAGUGAGGAAGAAGCAAUGGCAGUGCCAGCAAAGUGAGGAGGAAGCAACGUCACUUGCCAGCUCCGACACUCAGGAAAAUUAAGAGAGAGAGAGAGAGAAGAGAAAUGAAACCCACCAGCGCAAGAGUCCUCGACCCCCGGGGGUCUUUCCUGCAGACAUGGAACAAGGUGUUCGUGAUAUCGUGCCUCGUUUCAGUCUCCGUGGACUCGCUCUUCCUCUACGCCCCGGCGAUCGACGGCGACAUCGGCUGCCUGUACCUGGACGACAAGCUGGAGAAGAUAGCCUGCCUCCUGCGCUCCCUCACCGAUGCCCUGUACCUGCUCCGCAUGGCGUUCCAGUUCUCCACAGCCUUUGCGGCUCCCACUCCUCCCGGAGCGUUUGGCCGCGGUGUCCUGGUCGACGACCUGCUGGCCAUAGCGAAGCACUACCUGUCGACGUAUUUCCUGGUCGACGUCUUGGCUAUUCUGCCACUGCCCCAGGUUUUCGUGUGGGUAGUGCGGCCACACCUCCAGAGUUCAGAGGUUAUGAACGCGAAAAACGUGCUGAUGUUCAUGAUCCUACUUCAGUACGUGCCUCGGCUGGUCCGGAUAAUACCACUCUACCUCGAAAUCACGAGAUCAGCCGGCACAGUAGUGGACACUGCAUGGCCGGGGGCAGCCUUUAACCUGCUAGUUUACAUACUCGCUAGCCAUGUCCUUGGAGCUCUUUGGUACAUUCUGGCCAUACAGCGAGAGGACACCUGUUGGAGAGAAGCUUGCAACAGCCAGGAAGGCUGUGAUCUGGCAAGUCUGUACUGUGGGAGUACUGCAUCUGGAAACAACAGUACGUUCUUGCAGGAUGCGUGCCCAACAGAUGGCGAUGGCGCCGAUGUGGACCCAAUCUUCGGAAUUUAUCUGCCAGCCCUGCAGAAUGUUUCGCAGUCAUCAGGUUUCUUCCAAAAACUGUUCUACUGCUUUUGGUGGGGGCUACAAAAUCUAUGUUCCUAUGGUCAGAACCUUAAAACAAGCACUUACAUAUGGGAGAAUCUAUUUGCUGUCUUUGUCUCGAUGUCAGGCUUAGUUUUGUUCGCUCUCCUCAUAGGAAAUGUGCAGACCUAUCUACAAUCAGCCUCGGGGCAUAUAGAGGAAAUGAGAGUGCGAAGACGUGACAUGGAGCAAUGGAUGUCAUACAGACUACUUCCAGAGCAUAUCAAGGAACGAAUACUGCGUCACCAUCAAUAUCGGUGGCAAGAAACACAAGGCGUGGAUGAAGAGGGCCUUCUUGUAAACCUUCCCAAGGACCUCAGGAGGGAUAUCAAGCGUCAUCUUUGUCUGUCACUUCUCAAGAGGGUUCCAAUGUUCGAAAACAUGGACGACCAACUCCUGGACGCAAUGUGCGACCGUGUGAAACCCAUGCUGUACACAGAAGGAAGCCACAUCGUUCGCGAAGGCGACCCAGUGAACGAGAUGUUCUUCAUCAUGAGAGGGAGGCUAGAGAGCACGACAACGGACGGGGGGCGAGCGGGCUUCUUCAACUCCAACGUCCUCGAAGGCGGCGACUUCUGCGGCGAGGAGCUCCUCACGUGGGCCCUGGACCCAGCCUCGGGCUCCAACCUUCCAAGCUCGACGAGGACGGCGAGGACGCUGUCGGAGGUGGAAGGCUUCUCCCUGAGGGCUCGCCACCUGAGGUUCGUGGCCAGCCAGUACAGGCGGCUCCACAGCAAGCAGCUCCGGCACACCUUCAGGUUCUACUCCCACCAGUGGCGGACCUGGGCCGCGUGCUUCGUACAGGCGGCUUGGCACAGGUACUGCCGGAGGAGGCUGGAGGAGGGCGUGCGCGAGAAGGAGAGGAUGUUCCGGGCAGCGGCCGUGACCGACAUCUCCAGCUCCCGCAGCCUCGGCGCCGCGCUCUACGCUGCCCACUUCGCUCGCAACAUGGUAAGGACGCUGCGGAGGAACGCCGCACGGAAGGCCCGUCUGCUGGAUACAGUGUCUUCGAGGCUGUUGCAGAAGCCAGCGGAACCCAACUUUUUCGCUGAAGAAGACUGACCUUUCUUUAAUUUCUACCUUGAUACUGAGAUGUAAUUGGAGCGGAUAAGGAGGUAUAUAUUUGUUUUUAUA